AUGUACUGGCCCCUAUUACUUGUGUUUUCAUUUAUCCCAUCAGCCUAUACACUUUCCCCAGAUGAAGGUGUUUCCACCUUGAAAAUGUUUCGUCGAUCAUCGAGUUGCAGUGAUUGCUUAAGCGCAAGAUCAAUUCUUGAAUCUCGCUGCCGUAAAAUUCCGGAUAAUGCUGAGGAGGCAAAGACAUACAUGACUUGUGUUUGCAACUUGAGUAAUCAAUUUUUCGAUCAUUUUAGUGACUGUAUUGAGGACUGCCCGUCUUUCAAUUCUGGGGGAUUGCCUCGUGAUGAAGUUGAAUUACGUCGGUUGUACUGUGACUUGGCUGACAAUUUUUCCUCGAUAUUAAGUGCCAAAACUGAUACUGAACAUGUGUCCUGGCCAACGAAUGGAUUGUUUGGUAUACUGGUUACAAGAGAUCACGGUGAACAUGCCAACGGCCGUCCGUUCACCUCAAUUGGCUUUGUUGCUACAAACGCAGAAGGGUCAACGCUUUUCUCAAAGGGUAUAGUAGCUGAAACAGCAAACUCGGGGAGGGCAGGAACUGACUCUGGUGGAGUAAGAGGAGCCAACAGUGAUAUAAUGUUACCCAGCUUGUUUUAUGUGCUAGUAUUUGUCUUGUUUAGUUUUAUCAUUUGA